AUGAAGUCAUCGUGUCCCAUAUCAUCGACUAAUGAUCUCAUCCUCGAGAUCUUCUCGAGGCUGCCUUCAAAGUCGGUCGCGAGGUUUCGUUGCUUAUCAAAGAUAUGGGCAUCAAUGUUGGGUAGUCUAUAUUUCAAAGAGUUGUUCUUGACCAGAACUUCGGCUAAGCCGCGUCUCUUAUUCGCCAUCGUAGAAAACGACGAGGUCCCCGGCUCAAACGAUGUGUGGAGUUUCUUCUCGUUGCCUCAGCUUGAGUAUCCAUAUGAGCAAUCAUCAUUGACGAGUCUAGUAGCAGCAGCCGAAUUUCAUGUGAACUUCUCUCCCAAAGAUCUACGUAUUAGAUAUUGCUAUGACCCAAGAUAUUUUUCAUAUGGCUACGCCUCUGGCUUGUUAUAUAUUUAUGGUCAUCGAUGCCAGGCUAGACCUGUGAUAUAUAACCCUAUCACAGGACGGUAUGCGAUUUUACCUAGACGGUAUACUUACAGAAAGGCUUAUAGCUUUUUCGGGUUUGACCCGAUUGACAAGCAACAUAAGGCAUUAUCCAAGACUUAUCCAGGUGGUCCUGGUCGUGAUAAAAUUCUUACGUUCGGAGAUGGAGAUAUGAGGUGGAGAAAGGUAAAAUGUUCUUUAGUACAUGAUAUUGAGAGUCAAGGGAUCUGCAUCAAUGGGGUUUUGUACUAUUUAGGUGUCUCGAAGGGUUAUCCUAAUGAUGAUCAUGUUGUAACGUCUGAUAAUGUGAUAAUUUGCUUUGAUCUUAGGUCUAAGAAAUUCACAUUUAUUAACGUAGAAAGAUUUUGUGAAUUGAUAAACUAUAAGGAAAAAUUAGCAAUGAUUUAUUGGGAGGAUGAUAUCAGCGAUGAUACAAAAGAUGAUACAACUAAUGUGUUACAUCUGUGGGUUCUAAAAGAUGUUGAGAAAAGUGAAUGGUCGAAACAUGCCUACACUUUGAGGGAAGAUAAAUUUUUCCGUCUUGAUCAAGUUUCCAUCGCUGGAGCGACCACUUCGGGUGAAAUACUGUUUUCGAUGAGUGAGUAUACACCUAAAGAACCGUUUUAUGUUUUCUACUUCAAUCCCGAAAGGAACACUCUCCAACGUGUUGAGAUCCAAGGUUUUGGUGAGAUCCAAGGUAUCGUCGUUCAUACCUUUGUAAACCACGUAGAAAAUCUUGAUGUUAACGACUUAAAACUACUCAAGUCAUCCCAUCCUCUAUUGGUGGAGCCAAAAGAUUUAGGACCAUCAGAUUCAGAGUCAUCUUCAGAAGAAGAAGAAGACGAA